AUUUUAUUAAAAUGAUUCCAGGCUCUUCUUAAAUUCAAACAGGACUUCUUACAAAUCAAUAAAACAAAAAAUAUUAAGAAACUUAAAAAGAAGUUGAUAUCGAGUUGUAAGACAUGGCCAAUCAAUAAAGUUAUGUUUUACUUCAAGAUGGAUGUAAUUUAUAAAUAAUAUUAAGAACUUAACACUUAGCCUAAACAGUAAUAACUUUUAAAUUAUUAAACAUAACCACAAGGAUAUAAUCACUUAUCUUAAUAUCAAAUUUAGGUAUCUUUAUUUUCAAAAUAACAUUAGUACUUUAAUUAGAAUUAAUAAUAGUAAUCUGUUCCACAGAACUUAACUAUAAAUUAUUAAUAAUCUUGUAAAAAUUAGUAAUUUGGAUUAAAAUAACAUUUGAUUUAGUAAAUAUUUUUCAUAUUUUAGAACUCAUUAUGCAAUGUGUAUAUUUUGCAAGACUCCAUAAACCAUUUAAAAUGAUUAAAAACCCUUUAUGUGUUAUCAAUGUCGAAAUGUAUAACAGCCAAAAUAUGAUUUUUUAAAAUGUUCCCAUUGUAAAGUGACUGUUAAAUAUUAAUAAGGAAGUAAUUGGCUAUGAUAAUUAAAAGUAUCCUCCAUUAUCAAGUGUACAAAGUGCAAUAACCAUAAUUUUGUAUAAUUGAAACCUCAGGCACAAGAUAUUUAAGGGAAAGAAAAGAUUUGAAAUAUUAAAUAUAAAAUACCAU